UCUUGGUCGCUCGCCAGCGCCUCUCUCCGCCCUCACCCUCUGCAUCAGCAGCAGUAGCAGCAGCAGCAGCAGCAAAGCCCAGCAGUAGCACCAGCGGUACCGCUACCAUCAGCACCACAUCGUCCAGCCGCCAUGUUGCGAGAACGACACUGCGAGAGAGCUGGCGAGCAGGAACAGGAUUAUCUGGCUAGCUAACUAGCGGCCGUAUACCCGGCGCAGACAGCGCGAAUGGGCCCAGCUACUCUAUCAGUUCUCACAGCAGAGCGGUGCUGUGUAAUGGUAUGCCUAUCGGAUUCUUCGUCACUGUCGUCGUUUUCGCCACCGUCGUCGUCAUUUCCGCCGCUGCCGCUACCCCGUGUUGCGUUCUCUCGUUCUAGCGGUAACGAGCACGGUCUGUGUGUGUCGUUGGACUAAAGUGGCGUUUGAUCAUCGGGCGAUGUUAGUCAUUGUAACACGCUGCUGCUGCUGCUGCCACCGGUAGGGCAUCUUACAAUCAGCCGCGUUCAAGCGGACUAAGCGCAGCAGAAGCUGCUGCUGUGCUGUUGCCGCCGCCGCUACUGCCGUUGCCGCCGCCGCCGCCGCCGCCGCCGUAGAGUACCAGAACAAGAGCAGAGUGGGUCUGGAUAGACGGUGGGCGAAGAGGCAGACAACAGCAGCAGUACAGCCGCCGUCGCAACGACAGCAGCAGGAACUGAGCAAGCAAAGGUGGUCCGUAAAAGUAGCAGACACACAGAGCAGCAGCAGAGGGCGGCGAGUCGCGAGCAGCAGCGGUAAGCAGUGAUCGAGCGACUGAGCGAGUUGGUGAGUAAACCAAGAAUAAGAGAGCGCUGAGCAAGCGGCUGGUGCUGCCUCUGCCGUGCUGUGCUGAUUCUGUUCUAGUCGAGUGUGACUCAGACGGCGAUCAGCGGAGAACGAUCGACUAGUGGACAAACAGACAAAGGACAGAUAGAAGAAAAGCAACAGCAGCAGCAGCAGCUACGGGGGUUGCUGCCGAACGACGAGUGUGGUGGCCGACGGCGCAAGUAGUCGUGGCUGUCUUCGACUACUGAUGGCGGGGCAUGCUGCGGUAAUACUGUAGCAGCAAAAAAAAGAGACAAAUCAAACGAAACACCAAAAAAGAGCUCGGCCAUUUGAGGUUCAUUCGUGCUGGGCACUGUUCUGCUGCGCAGGUGUUUAGCAACGGGCGGCUAAUGAUCGGUGUGCUUGCUACAGCCUCGCUUACUGGUGUGAUUACUUCAACGUUGUUGUGCUAUGAUGACUGCUGGCUAUAGAGUCGUAGCGCCGUAGGAGAGCCGUCGCCUCUUCUGGCCACUGUUGAAUCUAGCAAGUAAAUUGCUGACUCGCGUACAACAGCAUCAGCAGCAGCAGCAGCAGCUAAAGAAACUCGAGUCAGUCGUCAAUCAGCCGUCAGUGAGUGAAUCGACGACGACGACGACGGCUCAAACAAGCUGAGAGCCUUGCGCUGUGUGCUGUUCAGACAUAGCAUUUCGCUACAGCCGCCUCCCAGCACAACAACAAGCAUCGAACAGGCAGACGACUAGCUCUAUAGCGAGAGACCACCAACUCCAUGGAGAUACAGCGCUCGUGCUUGCUAGCUCUCGGUUCUGUGUGUGAAUAAUCAGCAGUAGCGGGUCACAGUCGCGACAGUACAACAGAGACAGAAUCGAACAUCACUAGCGCUAAAGUGGCUCCAGCUAUCACUACCAACACGAAUAUCGUCGUUGUCGUCAUAGUCAGUCCUUCCGCCGUGCCCGUCAAUCCUUAGCUCGCUCGACGUGCUGACUGGCGACUGCUUCUUCAUUCCACUAGUGGCGGCGAUCCGCGUUAGUUCGUGUCGGGUCGGGCCGGGCCGGUUGUGUUACGUUGGGUACUGCUAUCGCAGCUCGUGCAUUGCGUCCGCCGCCGUUCGAGUUGGCCAGUUGCUUGCCACUUACAGCGAACUCAUAUAUCGCGAAUAACACCACUACUAGACCCAUUGUAGCCUGUGGAGAAAGAAGAGCUAUUGGUGUGCGUGUGCUGUGUCAUAAUGCCGUGCAAACAUCGGGUGUUCCGCAGGGAUUUUAUUGCUAUAUCAUUGUAGAGGAUACGGCGCUGCUGGAUAUAAUUAUACUUAUCUGGAGAAAGGCGAGGGAAUCGUGCCUGAAGAAGAGUUCGUUCUUUGUGUGCUUGUGUACCUACCAGGUUAUGUUGUAAGCCCCCAUCCCCCAGUAUUGCGUUGUAUGAUUGUGUGUGAGGCGGCAGCAAGCAACGGCAAUCGAAUUAUUAAAAGGAGCAUUGAUUUAAACUGAUUUGUGUUAGUGUAUCCGUUGUAUGUGCUCGUCACCCAUCGUCCGGUGUCAUCCUUCUGUUACAGUAGUGGUGCAGAUGCGAUGUGAAAUGAUCAGCGGUCCAGGCAGAGCCUGUUAAGGGGAACAGUUCUUCCAGCCGACGGACGCCGCCAGCAGGCCAUCAGUUAUUCGAAUGUCGCCGUGUAUUACAAAGUUCCGUGAAAAAACGACUGGAAAUCUGUAUAAUGCUUACGCUACGAGCUGUCACAACAUAGCUACAAAGAGCAUUCAUCACGAUGGCCGUUGCGCCCAGUGUCAACUGUUCGCUCGAUGACAUCGACCUCAACGCACUUAAGGAUCCAGCGGGAAUUUUUGAACUGAUCGAAGUUGUGGGUAAUGGCACUUACGGCCAAGUGUAUAAAGGCCGGCACACUAAAACCGGCCAGCUGGCGGCCAUUAAAAUCAUGGACGUUACCGAGGACGAAGAAGAAGAAAUAAAACUUGAGAUCAACGUUCUCAAGAAGUACUCGCAUCACCGUAACAUUGCCACCUAUUACGGAGUCUUCAUCCAGAAGAGCCCACCUGGGAAAGACGACAAAUUAUGGCUCGUGAUGGAGUACUGCGGUGCCGGUAGUGUUACGGAUCUGGUGAAGUCAACAAAGGGCCAGCAACUUAAGGAGGAGUGGAUUGCGUACGUGUGUCGGGAGAUCCUCCGAGGUUUGGCCCACCUGCACCAGAACAAGAUCAUACAUCGAGAUAUCAAAGGACAGAAUGUGCUUCUUACUGACAAUGCCGAAGUUAAACUUGUGGAUUUCGGCGUAUCAGCACAACUUGAUCGAACUAUCGGUCGCCGUAAUACGUUCAUCGGCACACCCUACUGGAUGGCUCCGGAGGUUAUCGCUUGUGAUGAAAAUCCGGAAGCAACCUAUGACAACCGUUCCGAUCUCUGGUCGCUUGGAAUUACAGCGUUGGAAAUGGCCGAAAGUCAACCGCCUUUGUGUGAGAUGCACCCCAUGCGGGCGCUAUUCCUCAUCCCGAGAAAUCCUCCGCCGAGAUUAAAGUCCAAGAAAUGGAACAAAAAGUUCCACUCAUUUAUCGAAACCGUUCUCGUCAAAGACUACCAACAGCGUCCAUAUACGGACCAGCUAUUGAAACACGCGUUUAUCAAGGACCAGCCGACGGAACGGCAGGUUCGAAUCCAACUCAAAGACCAUAUCGACCGUACGCGGAAGAAUAAACGCCAGGAACAGGCGGGUAAUGGUCGCACGGAACAGGAGCCUGAAGACUACAGCGACGAGGAGCCUGAACAACGUGGACCAAACCCGAAUCUUGUCGAUACGCCAACCGAGACGCCGGCUAAACCCGGCGGGGGUGACACGCUCAAGCGAAACUUCCAGCAGAUCCAAAUGGAUAAUGGGACGCUCACGUCGGCGCAACCUCAACAGCCUAAGCGCGGCCCCCCGCUUCGCGAACCUCCGGGAAUACCCCCGGUGCCGCAGGGUGGUAGUCGGGCGAUGGCACCGCCGCCUGUGGCUGGCAACCGCGUUAUCGUAGUCGGUGAUCCCAAUUCACGACAGAACAAACCUCUACCCCCGAUUCCUGGCCAAGAAGAGGCUCGACCUGGAGGUCCUCAAGGAGCCAGGUUCGGCCAACAACUUGGAAGCAACGGCGCCCCACCCUUACCACCAGCAAAUAGACAGGCCGUCAAACCGCCUUCUUCUCGUCGGCCUGAAGACCUCGAAGUACUGGCAGCGCAGCUCAAUGAACUUGGUUCGGGUGCUCUUGGAUCGAAUCCUAACACAAACGCUAAUCGCGCUUCACAAAGAAUAUCGCAUAUCACACAAGCGCUGGACUCGGAUUCGGACGACUCGGAUGGUGAAAUACAACAGGAUGGCACAAUGUUGGCUAGCGAUCCCCCGCGGCCGCUGGGUGAGAGCGAGGCCCCAACCAGGCCCCUGCCCCCAACCCCAGACGAAGACGGCCACACGGGGACACUUGUCAAUACGCACAGCAACAAAGCGACCGCUAACAAUCGGUCAGCCGCAGUGCGACCCGGUGCCUCUCCUAGUCAACAACAGCAGCUACAAUCGAUAGGCGCUGGCGUCCGGCCAUUGCUCAAAUCAAACAGUGCUUCGAUCGUUAGCCCAACCAGAACCAAUCAGUUUACACCGCACACGCCCACUUCACAUGGAGCGUCAGCGGGACUCAAAUCUGGUGGCGGCAGCAGCAGCAAUCAGGAUCAAAACAAUCCCGCGGUGUCGCUGCUUGGCGAGCACCUAAAGCACGUAAGCCACAGGAGAGCAAGUCUUGCAUUAGCUGGUGGAGGAGCCGGCAGUGGAUGUAUAUCCGGCGCAUCGAGUCCUUCAUCACCGUCCUCGGCGAGUCCGCCCCUGCGGAAAAGUCAAAGUUCACAAAGUCCUUUCCGACGAGCUCACGAAGGCAUUGGCGAGUUUAUUAGUGCAUCGGAUAAGAGUCCCCUAAUACCGAGAAACCACAAUAACAAUAAUGAGAAGUCGAGCGUUCGAUCGGGUGCCAACCUACCGGAUCUUCUUCCGCGUCGCGAUCGUUCAUCGUCAGAGGAAUAUCGGCAAGCGUUGCAACUUAAAAGCCAGGCACCAACACCGGGCGGCCAGACAAAUACGCCUCUUCAGCACAAACAGCGCUCGUUCCUCACUUUCGGAUUUAACGCUAAUGGGACACUCGGAGGGCGAGGUACGAACGGUUCACCAUCAACUGUGGAGCGGCAGUCGACGGCCCAACGUAGGGAGUCAGUGCAGGUAAACGUUACCCCCACAUUGGGCCCCGAUGCUACAGCAGGGGGCCAGGGACUCACGGGGGCACACUCAGAUACCCCAGAGAUUCGAAAAUACAAGAAGCGGUUCAACUCAGAGAUACUUUGUGCGGCGCUAUGGGGCGUCAACCUGCUCAUUGGCACGGAGAAUGGCCUCAUGCUAUUAGAUCGCUCAGGUCAGGGCAAAGUGUACCAGCUAAUAUCACGGCGUCGCUUCCAACAAAUGGAAGUGCUCGAAGGACAAAAUAUCCUUGUGACUAUCUCUGGGAAAAAGUGUCGCGUCCGGGUGUAUUAUUUGUCGUGGCUGAAGUCAAAAAUUCUGCGCACCGAUAGUGGCAACCAACUUGAGAAGCGCAACGGCUUCAUUAACGUAGGCGAUUUGCAAGGAGCGGUGCAUUUUAAGAUUGUGAAAUAUGAGCGCAUUAAGUUCCUGGUGAUCGCUUUACGGGAAAGUGUCGAAAUCUAUGCCUGGGCACCAAAGCCAUACCACAAGUUUAUGGCGUUCAAAACGUUUUCGGGAUUACAACACAAGCCGCUCCUCGUCGACAUGACAAUUGAGGAGGGAGUGCGGCUUAAAGUGAUCUACGGGUCCUCUGAGGGGUUCCAUGCUAUCGACCUCGAUUCAGGCAACGUUUAUGACAUCUACAUACCAUGUCACGAUCGAGGAGGAGCUGAAGGGAUUCAGACGUCGAUCGUUCCACACACGAUAGUAACUUUACCCAAUACGAAGGGGAUGCAACUUCUCCUGUGCUACGAUAACGAAGGCAUCUACGUUUCGACGUACGGUCGCGUGUCGAAGAACAUCAUGCUUCAGUGGGGCGAAGCGCCAACGUCCGUUGCGUUCAUCGGAACCGGCCAGAUCAUGGGCUGGGGCAACAAGGCCAUCGAAAUACGGUCAGUCGACUCUGGACAUCUCGACGGUGUGUUCAUGCACAAGAAGGCACAGAGACUCAAAUUCCUCUGUGAAAGAAACGACAAGGUAUUCUUCUCAUCAGCGAAAGGCGGCUCGUCAUGUCAAAUCUACUUCAUGACACUCAACAAGCCGGGUAUGGCCAACUGGUGAAGUAAUAGGUUGGAGUCAGGGUGAGGAUUGAGAAUGAAUCGGAUAUCGAGGAUAUAACGAGCGACGAGGGACACUGCUCGGAAGCCUGAUCUAGUCAGUCAGCCAGCCAGCCGGCGUCUUUCACGACGAUGACGACAAUGAUGCUGACAAUGUUGAUAAUGACAUUUUGUUGUUUUUGUUGACGAUGGCGCACCGGCUAAGUUGCAUUCUGCAGCCUACGACGGCUCAGGCAGAUGAGUAGUCGUCUCCGUCGACGUUUCGUCCAGGUUGUUAAACCAGUUUCGAGUCCAGGUGUCGCCGGCGCGGUGUCAUAGAAGCUUAGUCCGUUUUUCCCUAUCCUCUAAAAGGUGUAACAAUAUAUAUAACUAUAUGGUACCAGCACUGUUCUUCUACCAAAACGGGAAAGAUACAAUUAAGGGAUCGCACAUCGUUGCGGGCUAACGUACGAAUAACGAAACCGAUAGACGUGUUAAUUUGCUUUGGGAAGACACAGACAUGGGUCUUGUACAUGGAUGGGUAGCAAUGAUUGUAGUAAGAUAGUUGAUAGCCGUAUUAGUGAUAGUAGUAGCGGUAGAAACAGUUGGUUUUUUGGGCUAGUAAUAGCUUCUAAGGAGUAACUUCUAUGGAGCACUGUCGACGAGGUGCGGCAGGUCAACCGAUGUCGAGGAAUGAGUCUAGCGUAUAGAAACAAAACCACAACGAGGUAGAACAGCAUUACAUUGUAUAGGAAUGCUGUUAUAAUGAACGGACACAUACGACUAUACGAAUGUAUUAUAAAUGUGUGCGUGCGUGUGUGUUAGUGUGCAUGUGGGACAUUUGCGUGUGUGGCUUUGUGCUUACAGAUGUACGCGUUAGCAUAGAAGCAGGACAUUCGGGUUAACCUGAACACUGAUAUAAAUUUAGCGCAUGAACAACAGGCCAAUCAAUAGGAAACAGUCAGUGAACAAGACAACAGGGAAUAGCUGAUCACCUUUUCGAUGGAAUUUGGGGAAGGCGGAAUCAUCAGGACCCGCGUCGGUUGUAGUCUCUCUGUAACUGUUCAGCGUAUAGCUGCGCUCAUUAUUUUGUAGCAGAACAAGCUUAGGCCUGUCGUCCGUCGCCUGCCUUUACAGCGCCGCCUGGCAAAGGAUUGGCGACCCAGCUGUGGGCCCAAACAAAUACACAAACGCGCUUACCCUUGCUUGAAGUCUCCAGUCUGUCGGAUCUAGUGGAAAAUACUGGGUUUAGUUCGAAUGUGAUGUACAAGUAUUACAUAAAAAGUAACGGCGAUAAACAAUAAUGGCGGCGGUAAUGAUGGAAAAUGAUGAUAUAUUAAUAUGAGAAAGAUGCAAAACAAACUAAAUAAUUCUAUAAUAAUAACAACCAUAACGAAAAAGGAUGGCUAUAUCUAAGAUUAUAUAUUAUAAUGGUGUCAGCUAUGUGCUGACUGAUGAUAUGAUAUCAUCGUGUGCGUGACUAUUAUUGAUUAUUACAGUCUAUGUAAAGGUAUGAACGCUCAUAAGAGAUGGCAUCAAAUUGUGUGGCUCUGGGAAAAGACAAGGUGCGGAUAUGGUAAGAAUCUAAAUGAAAUAAAAAGCCAGACAACAGCAAAGAGAGAUUUUUCAAAAAGCAACAUAAAGGCGUAAUAACGUUUACGUGCGUCCACGUAACUCUGUUUACAUCUUGCAUUGUGUAACGCCCUACCUAUGCAGCAGCUGCAGACUCAGAAGACGCAACUUGCGUUGUCAUCGCCUAUUAUGUGUGGUGUAAUUGCGGCGUAGUACGCGACCGACCACUAUUAAGAACUUAAUAGCAAAAUAAGACAAAAGAUGAUAUAAGAGAAAUAUAGGAACACGAACAGGGAGCAAACAAAGAGAACAUAAUCAUAAAAGAAACGUAAAUACACAGAAAAAUUUAACGAAACGCCGGAAGAGACAGUGAAGAACAAAGAUGCUUGCGUCACAUCGAACAUUUCGAAGAGGCAAGUAACGGAGGAGACGACUAUAGCGACGAGGAUGAAUAAAAUAUUAUAUAAUAACAAAAAACUAAUUAUAAUAUUGAUUAUUAUAAUAAGUCUGUAGUGCCAACCUGCCACCGCGGCCCCGCCCAGGCCACUGUCUGCCCGGCUCGGGUCUGAACACAACAAUAAUAUAGCAGCCCUAUAACAUCAACAAUUAGUACUAUUGCUACCAUAUAUACGCGUUCCGUGUCUUGACAACAAGCUUUUAAUCAAGAGAACGCGAGAGAGUGGUGCACGAGAGAGAGCGAAGGAAAUCGUAUAGAUAUAUGGAAAAUAGAGCACGAAUAGAGUGAGCUGUCAUAUGGAGGUAGAGGAGGCAUUGCAUGCGAACGACAACGUCGGCUCGUUACUAUAUAAUAAAAAUAAGACCGAAGUGACGAAACGAGCCGCGAGAGACUAAGGGUUACCACAAAAGGUCACAUUAUCGAUAUCAGCAACGGGAAGGAGUUUUGACAUGAACAAGAAGCCGAUAACGUCGUGCGAACAAUUGACUGGCUACUAAAUUGAGAAAUACUUAGAUCGACAACGGGUACGAGAAAAUGGAGGUGACGAAAAAAAGGAAGGGAUCGUGUAUUUUUCUAGCCAUUCGAAACAAAACAUGCUGUGGUUUGCCAUAUAAUGACCACAUAAAUACAAUGCAAAAUAUAUGGGUCGAUGUCUGUAACAAGGAACCCAGUGAAAUAACGAUACUAACAAACAGUGACAAACCAUUAUCGUAAUGCUAUAUAUCGUCUCUAACUUAUUAUAGAGAUAGCUUAUUAACAAAGAUGACGAAGGAUGAACGAAUGGUAAUAUGCACGAAGAUCGAUGACAACAAAUUUCAACCACUGCAAGAACUGUAAAACGAACAAGAAUUUAGAUAACAAAAGUGCAAUAACAAUUAUAGCGAAAGAUCGGUCCUUUCCUCAAUUUAUUCAUUAACUACGUUGAAUAGAUAGAAAACCUACCAUCUCACUAGUGAUCAGGAAAGCCCCAUACCCCCAUUUCAGACCAUAAAAGACUGUUAAUAGUAGUAAUGGCACGAACAUAAAGGGAAACUAACAAAAACCGGAGGUGACGUUAAUAUGUAGACGCUAAUGAAAGAUAAUGGGUACGAUGGUAUACGAAUCAACAACGUAAAUAACUUCAAGGAUAAUUGCGUAAUAACUUUGUGUCCACGGUGAAUAGACGGUUGUACAUCAGCGAUAUUUAUAGUAGAAACAAUGAUAAAAUUUGAACAGUGACCACAAUGAAGUCAUGUUUUGAAUUUGAACGAGGCACGAAAUAGUUGGCUAUGGCGGUGCAGGGAACGAUUGCAGCCCAAGAAUGAAUGAGGUCUGCGUAAACCUACAGUAGGCUUUAGUUUCAAGUUGAUAAUUAUGAUGGCCCUUAAGGCUAAGAUAAUUGAGUAAUCUAAGGCUGCUAAAACGUUCCCCGCCCAACUUACCGAGGGCGUGAUUUCGUUUUCCCGGCAAACAGCAUCGGUCGGUCCUGCUUUCUAACGGACAACAGAAGUUAGGCGUCCACCAGGAAUGACCAAGGGAACAACCUGGUGUUUAUUAGAAGAAAAACAAAAAAUAACGAGUCAGAUGGUAUUCCAGUAAUCCGCGUGCGUGCCUCGGCCGCCGAAACGAAACAGAAACAUAGUGACUUGAUUUGCCUCUCUCUCGUAAUUACUUUGGUCGUUUGGGGCACUUUGUCACUUGCUGACAUUUUCGGUUUUAAAAAAAAAAAAGACGAAAAUAGAAAAAUAUACGCAAAUGAAAAAAAAUGCGAAAAUGCGCUUAAGACGCACCGGAAACGGCGGGCGAAGGGCGGGCGCGCGAAGCUUUAAAAACCUAAAGCUGUCACAAGUAAUGAUAAUAAACAUAAUUAAAGAUUAUUAUUACCAUACCGAUGAUGAUACUGAUACGAUGAUUAUAAUUAUUAUAUAAUGAUUACAGAAAAUCUAGUAAAAUAUUGAUAUAUUGUGCAGCGUAUUUAUACAGAAACGCGUAUAACGUGAUAACAGAAGCGAAAGCAAUGGUGACAAACUAAUAAGCAACAAAAAAAAACACGGACAGCAACAAUGGUACAGACGAGGGAAACAAUUAAGGACAACAGGAAAAGAAGUUUCGCGCCGAACUUGAGGGUGGUACCAUCGAUGUGUAUGGAAAGAGCGAUUUUCGACUUGAAAGACGAAAAAAUGCUAAAGCGAUGUUUUUUGUGUUCUUUCUUAGUUUACACCUCACGGUUUCAUAUGUAGAAACAAAAAAAAAAAGACGAUUUUUAUAAGAAGAUAAACAAAUGCAAGAGCAGAACUUAUAUUACCUUAAAUAAACUAAGCUAAGUAUAAUGAGCGUAAGUA